AUGGCAGCUCAGCUAGUAGGCCCUGACGAGAUAGAGUUUGCUGAGUUAGGAAGAAGCUUAAGAUCAUCAUUCAGAAGUCACGUGUCAAGUUUCCGCAGUAUUUCAUCUGCGCUUUCAGACCGUCAAUCCGAAGGAGGCGGAGAAAUUGAGUUGCAAUGGGCUGCAGUGGAGAGAUUACCCACCUUUACACGGAUUACCACUGCUUUAUUUGAGGAAACAGGUGGCACAUGUGAAAAUGGAGAUGCCAAUAAAGGGAAAAGAAUCGUCAAUGUUGCCAAACUGGGAGCUCAGGAGAGGCAUAUGUUCAUUGAGAAACUCAUCAAACACAUUGAGCAUGAUAAUCUGCGAUUGUUGCAGAAACUUAGAAAAAGGAUCGACAAAGUUGGUGUACGGUUGCCCACUGUGGAAGUGAGAUACAGAAAUCUUUCUGUUGAAGCAGAUUGUAAAGUCGUUCGUGGCAGCCCUCUCCCCACCCUUUGGAACACCGCUAAGAGUAUCCUUUCUGAGUUUGUCAAACUUCCAUGGUCCGAAAAAGACGCCAAGAUAAGCAUCCUUAAAGAUGUGAGCGGCAUUAUUAAGCAGAGAAGAAUGACUUUAUUGCUUGGCCCCCCAGGCUGUGGUAAAACGACAUUUUUGUUGGCGCUCUCUGGGAAAUUGAGCCAUUCGCUUAAGGUUACAGGGGAAAUAUCUUACAAUGGUUACAAAUUGGAAGAGUUUGUUCCUCGGAAAACCUCAGCUUAUAUAAGCCAGUUUGAUCUUCACAUUCCAGAGAUUACUGUCAGGGAAACAAUUGAUUUUUCUGCUCAAUUUCAGGGCAUAGGAAGCCGAGCUGACAUCAUGACAGAAGUCAGUAGAAGGGAGAAACAGGCAGGGAUUGUUCCAGAUCCUGAUGUGGAUGCUUAUAUGAAGGCGGUAUCAAUUGAAGGACUGAAAAGUAAUCUCCAGACAGACUACAUUUUAAAGAUUCUGGGACUUGAUAUUUGUGCUGACACAAUGGUUGGAGAUGGCAUGAGAAGAGGCAUCUCUGGUGGUCAGAAGAAAAGGAUGACUGCAGGAGAGAUGAUUGUGGGACCUACCAAAGCACUAUUCAUGGAUGAAAUAUCAAAUGGCUUAGACAGUUCCACCACUUUCCAGAUUGUAUCUUGUCUUCAGCAUUUAGCCCAUAUUACUGAUGCUACUGCAUUGAUUUCACUUCUUCAGCCAGCACCAGAGACCUUCGAUCUUUUUGACGAUGUAAUUCUGAUGGCGGAAGGCAAGAUUGUGUAUCAUGGCCCACGUUCUAGCAUCUGCAAAUUCUUCGAGGACUGUGGAUUCAGGUGUCCUGAAAGAAAAGGUGUUGCUGACUUCCUUCAAGAGGUUAUCUCCAGAAAGGAUCAAGCGCAAUAUUGGUGUCGCACAGAACCUUACAGUUAUGUUUCUGUUGACCAGUUUGUUAUCAAAUUCAAAGAAUGCCAGCUUGGACAAAAGCUAAACCAGGUGCUCUCAAAGCCAUUCGACAAGUCCGAAAGCCACAAGAGUUCUUUAUCCUUUAACAAAUACUCGUUACCUAAAUGGGAACUGUUAAAAGCUUGCACCAGGAGGGAAUUUCUGCUGAUGAAGAGAAAUUCUUUUAUAUAUGUGUUUAAAACUACGCAGCUAGUGAUCAUUGCUGCAAUAACAAUGACUGUUUUGCUACGCACUAGAUUGGCUGUUGACAUGCUCCAUGCUAAUGAUUACAUGGGAGCUAUAUUCUAUUCACUACUUCUAUUACUUGUCGAUGGAUUUCCAGAGCUGCAGAUGACUGUUUCAAGACUUGCAGUUUUCUAUAAACAGAAAGAAUUGUGCUUUUACCCUGCUUGGGCUUAUGUAAUUCCAGCUACAAUCCUGAAAGUUCCGCUUUCAUUCUUGGAAGCUGUUGUUUGGACAUCUCUUACUUACUAUGUUAUUGGUUUCAGCCCUGAGGCUGGCAGGUUCUUCCGCCAACUUCUUCUACUUUUUGUGAUACAUCUGACAUCAAUAUCCAUGUUUCGCCUUAUUGCCUCAAUCUGCCAAACCAUGGUUGUUUCAACAGCAGUUGGAAGUCUCUUCAUAGUGGUAUCUUUACUUUUUGGUGGUUUCAUAAUCCCAAAACCCUAUAUGCCGGCUUGGUUGGACUGGGGAUUUUGGCUUUCCCCACUGACGUAUGGGGAGAUAGGAUUGUGCGUGAACGAAUUUCUUGCUCCUCGGUGGCAAAAGAUUGCCUCUGCUAACACCACCAUAGGGCAACAGAUACUAGAAAUCCGCGGACUAAACUAUCAGGAUUACUUUUACUGGAUAUCUAUUGGGGUCCUGAUAGGAUUCACAGUUCUUUUCAACUUUGGUUUUAUUUUGGCAUUGACCUUCUUGAAACCUCCUGGAAGAUCUCGUGCCAUUAUUUCUCAUGAAAAGUACCAUCAACUUCAAGAAAAAAUAGAUGAUAGUAAUCAUGUCGACAAAGACAGGAGACUUGAUGAUGGUAACCCUACACCUAAUACAGCUGCAAAAGAAGGAAGGAUGGUUUUACCUUUUGAGCCCCUUACUAUAACAUUUCAGCAUUUGCAAUACUACGUUGACGCUCCUUUGGAAAUGAGAAAACGAGGUUUUGCACAGAAGAAGCUUCAGCUGCUUUCUGACAUUACUGGUGCAUUUAGACCUGGUAUUCUGACAGCAUUGAUGGGUGUUAGUGGUGCUGGAAAGACAACUCUUAUGGAUGUUCUUUGUGGAAGGAAAACUGGUGGUACUAUCGACGGAGAGAUUAGCAUUGAUGGCUAUCCAAAGGUUCAGGAUGCAUUUGCUAGAAUAUCAGGUUACUGUGAACAAACCGACAUACAUUCUCCACAAAUUACUGUAGAAGAAUCCUUGGCAUACUCUGCUUGGUUGCGACUCCCUUCUGAGAUCGAUCGAAAAACUAAAUCUGAGUUUGUUAAUGAAGUCCUUGAGAUUAUUGAGCUUGAUGGAAUUAAAGAUUCUCUGGUAGGAUUGCCAGGAAUGAGCGGUUUAUCGACUGAGCAGCGUAAACGACUGACUAUAGCUGUGGAGCUUGUUGCUAAUCCCUCUAUCAUAUUCAUGGAUGAGCCCACGACAGGUUUAGAUGCCAGAGCAGCUGCCAUUGUUAUGAGAGCAGUGAAAAAUGUGGUUGAAACAGGAAGAACGGUUGUCUGCACAAUCCACCAGCCAAGUAUUGACAUCUUCGAGGCAUUUGACGAGUUAAUUUUACUGAAAACUGGAGGACGCACCAUCUAUUCUGGACCGCUGGGGCAGCACUCAAGCAGCGUCAUUGAAUAUUUUGAGAGUAUUCCUGGGAUUCCUAAGAUUAAGGACAAUUAUAAUCCAGCAACAUGGAUGUUAGAGGUUACUUCUAAAUCUGUGGAGGCUGAACUUGGAGUAGAUUUUGGAAGAAUUUAUGAACAGUCCUCCUUGUACAAGGAGAAUCAAGAACUAGUUAAGCAAUUGAGUUUACCAACUCCUGGUUCAAAGGAAUUGAAUUUUCCUACCCGUUUUCCACAAAACGGUUGGGAGCAAUUCAAAGCUUGUUUGUGGAAACAUCACUUGUCAUAUUGGAGAAGUCCUUCAUAUAAUCUGACUCGCAUUGUUUAUAUGAUGACCGCAUCUAUCCUAUUUGGCGCAGUGUUCUGGCAGCAUGGAAAGAAAAUAAACAACCAGCAAGACCUGUUCAUUAUGCUUGGUUCAAUGUACACUGCAGUAAUUUUCUUUGGCAUAAACAAUUGCUCAACAGUCUUACCAUAUGUUGCUACAGAACGGAGUAUUCUAUACAGGGAAAGAUUUGCGGGAAUGUAUUCUCCUUGGGCUUAUUCUUUUGCACAGGUGCUAGUGGAGGUACCAUAUUUAUUCAUUAUUGCAAUUAUUUAUGUUGUCGUCGUAUAUCCUAUGGUUGGUUAUUCCAUGUCUGCCUACAAGAUAUUCUGGGCAUUCUAUGCCAUGUUCUGUACAUUGCUAUGUUUCAAUUACCUGGGAAUGCUGCUAGUAUCAUUGACACCAAAUAUUCAAGUUGCUUCUAUUCUAGCAUCAUCUGCAUACACAAUGCUGAUUUUGUUCUCCGGGUUCGUUGUGCCUAAACCACGUAUCCCCAAGUGGUGGCUUUGGCUGUAUUAUCUUUGUCCCACCUCUUGGAUACUAAAUGGUAUGCUCACCUCACAAUUUGGAGAUAUAAACAAAGAAAUAUUGGUGUUCGGUGAGAAAAAAACUGUAGCUGCUUUUUUAGAAGAUUACUUUGGCUUUCACCACAGCUUUUUGGGAGUCAUUGGUGCUGUUCUUAUCAUCUUCCCCUUUGUCUCUGCUUCACUUUUUGCAUAUUUUAUAGGAAAGCUGAACUUCCAGAGAAGGUAAAACUUGUACCUAUGUAUCAACAUUAUCUGGAUAAUGCAGUUAGCUUAUCCAGAUUCUAUAAAGACGUUUCCAUGUAAAAUAAAUAAAAUUAAAAAUAUUUGAUUGAUUAAAUGCUCUUCGC